CCGAAAAUACGUAUUGUAGAGUAGAGUACAAGCUCAUCCCUCCAGUCUUGGCACACGUCGGACCCCUUCCUUCCUCCACAUCAGCCUGAUGGGAAUAAAAAAAGUGAAUUUGUUCUGUUCCUGCAGCAGCAUCGUUGAUUCCGACGUAACACGCGACAGACACAUUUCGAGAACUGCAUUGCAACGACGAUGGCGAAAACGGUCAAGAACAAACAUCCGCCCUUCUGGUUCGGUGGCAGUGCCAGCUGUAUGGCGGCGGUCUGUACGCACCCUCUGGACCUGUUGAAGGUCCGCCUGCAGACGGCUGGGAUGCAGAACUUGGGAUUGGCGAGGACGGCGGUGAACAUCGUUAGACACGAAGGUGUUUUGGCGAUAUAUAGUGGGCUGUCUGCUAGUUUGUUGCGACAAGCGACAUAUUCAACCACCAGGUUCGGUGCGUACGAUGCGAUGAAGGCCUAUGUUACAGUGCCGGGAGGAGAGCCGGCAGGUUUCGGAAUGUUGCUGUUCAUGUCAUUCGGGGCUGGUUGGAUGGGCGGACUGGCUGGAAAUCCGGCGGAUAUCAUAAAUGUGCGUAUGCAGCAGGACCUCGCGAAUCCGCCGGAGAAGCGUCGCAACUAUAAGCAUGCAAUCGACGGCCUGGUGCGGAUGACUCGUGACGAGGGUCCGCGGGCGCUGUUCCGCGGUGUGUGGCCGAACACUCUCCGUGCAGGACUCAUGACUUCCUCGCAACUGGCCACCUAUGACAUCGCCAAGAUGCAGUUGUUGAAGCUGUCGUACUUCUCGGACGGCAUUGCAACGCACUUCACCGCGAGCUUGGUCAGCGGCCUCAUCGCAACCACCAUCUGCAGCCCUGUGGAUGUGAUCAAAACCAGGGUCAUGUCUAGCCAUGAUUCCCAGGGGCUCAUGCAUCUGCUUGCAGACAUCACGAAUAAGGAGGGGUUGCGCUGGGCAUUCAGAGGAUGGGUGCCCAGCUUCAUGAGAUUGGGGCCGCAGACGAUCCUCACCUUCAUUGCGCUGGAACAGCACAAAAAAGUUUGGCAUUGGUUGAACGAUGAGUCGUCUAGUCGGGUGACAAUGUGAUAGAUAAUGAUUGAUGAUGCCCAUAUUCAUAGAGCCGGCCUUUGGGAUUGCGUUCAGGUCUUUGCAUUCCUGUUUUCUUUCUUGCUUUCUCUGCAUAGCGGCCGAAAGAUACCCAGGUGUCGUGGCGUUUUAUCUUUUGUUUCUUUGUUUCUUUAUCUCUUUCCACACAAAUGAUAGAUGGCCUUUAAACG